UCCAAUCCAAUGCCAAGAUUGCCAAGUGUCUGUGCUGUGAUUGAUUGAGGCGUUCUGUGCAUUCUGUGGUUCUCUGUCUGUGUACAUUUAUUUAAAUUUUUAACAAUAGUUUAAACGAAAUUUAAAGUUUUAUUCUAUAGUACCAAACAUUACAUACACCAUGUCCAGGAUCGAUAUCACUCAACCAUUAUGGGACCAGAGUAGCUUCUAUGGCAGGUUUAGGCAUUUUGCCUUCAUCUCUAACCCACUCUUGUCUCUGGCCUCUGAGAAAGAAUUGUUGGAAGCUAAGGAGCUUUAUAAUCAAUACAAAGCAGGCAAGGAACCGAGCGGCACGCCGUUAAAGAAAGUAAUUCGGGCCAAACAGCUGUACGAGUCUGCCUUCCACCCGGACAGCGGAGAAUUACAGAAUGUGUUCGGCAGGAUGUCAUUUCAGAUGCCCGGAGGGUGUAUCAUCACUGGAGCUAUGUUGCAGUGGUAUAAAACAGCCAAAGCGGUAGUAUUCUGGCAAUGGGUGAACCAGUCGUUCAACGCGCUAGUCAACUACACGAACAGAAACGCCAAUUCGCCUUUAACGACGACGCAGAUGGGCAUGGCGUACGUGUCGGCCACAUCCGCGGCUUUAGCGACGGCGUUGACGUUCAAAUUUGUAGUGCAGAAGCGAGCGAAGAAUCCCAUAUUUGCUAGGUUCGUUCCGUUCGUGGCUGUCGCCGCUGCCAACUGGGUAAACAUUCCUUUGAUGAGGCAGAACGAAAUAUUAUUAGGUCUCGACGUGACGGAUGAGAAUGGUAAAAUAAUUGGUAAGUCCCAAGUAGCGCCUAUCAAAGGGAUAUCUCAAGUGGUCACAUCCAGGAUAGCGAUGUGUUCCCCUGGAAUGCUUUUGCUGCCAGUGAUAAUGGAGCGCCUCGAGAAGCGAGCGUGGAUGCGCAGGAUUCAGUGGGCGCACGCCGGGAUUCAAACCGCUGUUGUGGGACUUUUCCUAAUUGUCAUGGUGCCGACGGGAUGCGCGCUGUUUCCACAAAGAUGCAAACUAUCAAUAGACACAAUCAAACGAUUUGAAAAGGAAAAUUACGAACAAAUAGUGAGAAACACGGGCGGCAAUCCGCCGAAAUACGUUUACUUCAACAAGGGAUUGUAAAAAUUGUACUUAGUAGGUAUACGCUAAACUAGUCUUACGCGAGUGUAUUAGUGCGAAUAGUUCCGUCUCUUUCGUGUCGGUACAAAUUGUCGAAGGUGUGAAAGAGACGCUUGUAAAGUAUAUGGUCUUUGGAGGGGUUAACUAAAGUAGACGAAGUGAGAAAGGGUAAUUUGUACCUUGCAGUAAGUGAAUUUAGAACAUGUUCUUACUAUUUAUGGUUGUGUUUAGAAUGCGGUUUUCAUAAGACCUGUAACAGUCUGAAUCAAGGACGAAGGGAAAUGUAAUGAGAGUGCAAUAAUUUGGCUACAGAUGGCGUUAGUGGAUCUUGAAACAACUGUCAAAUGGAAUCGUCGAAAUUUAAAAAAUCCGUUAUUAUUAAAUAUUUAACUAAUGGCGACUAUUGAAUAUUUAGCUAAUGGCGUUCGUCAAUUUGAUCUGAUAAAUAAAUGCCGGCAUCCGGUGGAAGGAGUCAGCGGGCUGGUAAUUGCUUACUGAUGUCAGUUUACUAUGCACCCUACUGUAAAGACAUUUUGUUUAUUCAAUACUAGAGGCCGCCCGCGACUUCGUCCGCAUGGAAACCCUAUCAAUCGCGCGGGAACUCCGGGAUAAAAAGUAGCCUAUAUGUUAUUCUGGGUAUUCAGCUACCUACAUACCAAAUUUCAUCGUAAUCGGUUUAGUAGUAUUCGCGUGAAAGAGUAACAAACAUCCAUACUGACAUCCUGACACAAACUUUCGCAUUUAUAAUAUUAAUAGGAUUGGAUCAGGCAUUCGCCUUCCAUCUCACCUGAUGGUAAGUGACAAUGAAGACGAAGACGUUACAUGCCUAUCCAAGAGAUAUCAGCAUACUUGGUUUAUAUAGAAAAAUUAUUGCCGUGUGGUCCCGGCACAAAUAGAAAAAAGAAUAUGACCACUCCAUCUCUUUCCCAUGGAUGUCGUAAAAGGCGACUAAGGGGUAGGCUUAUAAACUUGGGAUUCUUCUUUUAGGCGAUGGGCUAGCAACCUGUCACUAUUUGAAUCUAUUCAACUAACAAUUCUAUCUUAAAGCCAAACAGCUGAACGUGGCCUAUUAGUCUUUACAAAACUGUUGGCUCUGUCUACCCCGCAAGGGAUAUAGACGUGAUCAUAUGUAUGUAUGUUUGUAUGUAGAAAAAUUAUUUCAGUGUGUCUUUAUGAUUUAAAGUUUAAAGGAAUACAUUCUCAUGAGGUCCACUGACCCUGUUUGCCAGACAGUACAGAACCGUAAAGUCUUAUUUAACUUUUUGGACAUAGAUCCGACGAAAAUCAAUCUGGGCUAUUGCAUUUCCAUAUAUAAAUUUUAUUUUAAUAUAUAAUACUGAUUGCCGACUGAUUAAAAAUGAUAAAACUUCAAACUUAGACUUAAAGCUAUUAGCAAGAUCUGUCAGCUAUCUUAUUAUUAUUUAUUUUUAUAUUAUUAUAAUUUUUUUUUGUAUAAACAUACAUGAACGCCUAUAGUAUUACCAUAAUAGGCAGCAGUAUAUCUUUUAUAAAAAUGUAUGUACAUAUUUGCAGAAUUUAGUAGUUAUUUCUAGAAAUGCGCUAGCAAUAAUAUGACGAAAUAACUUGGUACCAUAGCACUAUGUAUAUUUUUUUUAUGUUUUUGACAGUAAAUGUCCUAACCGAUUUUAAGGUGAUUAUAUGUAUUUUAGAAAAAAGGCGACUAUUCGUUUUGGUUUUUUUUUCAUUAUAUCUUGGGAUUUGUUUUUGUUAUUUAGUACGUACUUUGUGAUGAUAUUUUUUAAACUAUUACGAAUUAUUUUAGGAUCUGCUUUUCUGUCGGAAUGUUGAUUAGUUUUACAAAAAUUGGAAUGAAAGCUUAACACACGCACGGUUUAUUUUUUAAGGUAAUAAUAUAACGUGGUUUGUGCGUUUGACAUUCCAAAAAAAGAUAAUAUGAAAUCAAAGCGCUUGUCACUCUGAAUUCCAAGUGAUUUUAAAAUAAUACUUUAUUUUUAGAUUUUAAUUUAAAUCAUAUUAAUAUUUUUAACAUUACCUACGUGUUGAUUGUAUAUGUGUUUUUAACAGCAGCAGUUGUAAACUAACAAUACUGUAUUUUAUAUUUAAAAGAUUUGUUUAUUAUCAACUUUAUUUUUCUUUCGCUAACCUUAAACUAUGACCCUUUGGUUAAAGAUGUUUAUUUUUAUAAUCAGUUUUUUUUAAACAUUGACUGCAAAUAUAAAAUACGUCGUAUACUUUCUAGAUUCUAAAUAGGGCUUGCAAUAUAAUUUACGAGUGUAUAGGUAUCUGGUUAAAGUAUACGAAUUAAAAUGUUUUUAUUAUAUAAUAUUAUGGUAUUGUGGGCAGUAUUGUGUAAUUUUCUUGAAUUUACUUGAUUAUAAUUUUAGUACAAAAUUUAAUUAACAGUCCAUGAUAAUGAACAACUUUUUCAUUGCAGCAUAAAUAAUAUAAACGUUGGUACGAUAUUACGAUAGUUCGUGGUACUUGCGAAAUAGAGGUGAUACGGUAUCGUUAAAUAAAGGUACGACCAUACUUCAAAUAUAAACGUGAACCUGUAGAAAACCUUUUAACAAAUAUAUAUCUUAUUUACUAUUAAUGAAGAUUGUUUUUUAACUUUGUUUACUAGGAAAAGUUGUUCAGUAUCCAUUUUAGUGAGGCUACCUUUAAAAUAUUAAUGUAUAUUUUUUUGGACAGACCUUGCUUGAAAUCAAAUUAGUAUGCAUGUGUGAGAAUAAACUAGUCAAAAUCGUUUUUUUUUUCUGCAGUAAUGCGUGCCGUAAAAGUAUACUUACAUUAUUUAGCAAAGCACUGUUAGCAAGAUUUAUUGUACAAAUAUUAAUUAAAUUUAGAACAGUCAUUCUGUUUUUAAAAACAACUUUUUUAUAUAUGUAUUUAUAUGUUGGGUUAUGUGUUUUUGGUCAAUUUAGCGGCAGAUUUUCUUAAAAAAAGCAAUGAGAAAUAUAUAUAAAUAUAAUAUAACUAUACUAAAUAAAACAGGAUGCUAUUUUUUUUAUUAUAUAUAUUACGCAUUUGUUCAAUUUUCACCACACGCAGUGCCAGAAGCUAGUUUAAAUUUUAGUUUAUUUUUUAUUCAUCUUUGUCUUACCCUGUUCCCAUUUAAUUUUAGGCCAGAUCUUCUCACUAAUGAUAUUUGCUUGAAAACAGAUUUUCACAGAACUGGCUUAUCUAAUAUUUGUUUUUGUCUAUGCUUAAUUUUUUUUACCAUAAGCAUUGUAGAAAUAGUUUAAGAAUGAAAUUGUUUUGUGAAUUAUCACAAAUGUUUGUUGCAUUCUAAUAAUCAGUGACAAUA